GUGGAUUACUGUGUUUCGUAGAUUUUGACACGUGCUCGGAAGAGCUGUCGUCGCACGUACAACGUAACAAGGUGCAAAGAGUGAAAAGGUGAAUCGUACGAAGAAGGAAGCUGUCGAAUUUUUUGUUAAGUAAGAAGCUACUGUGAUACGGAUACAGUGAAAGUAAAAAAGAAAAAAAAUAAAGCAUUGAACGACGUACUACAUAAAAUAUGUAUUAUACGUAUGUAUCUUUUUCUUUUAUAUUCAAAGUUGAGCGCAGGCGGCCAUGAUGCGGAUGUAAAGUUACGAUCGCGCGCAGCCAGAGCUACGAUCCAUUUGCGAUUGUUGUGAAUGCGAAUCCGGCUUAAGACUGAGCGCACCUCCAAUAGACGCGUAGAUUUCGACGGGCCGAUUCCCGCGCGACUCACGUCGAAUCGUGGAACUGUUUGGGCUGAACGUGUUAAAUGGCUGUGCGUCGGCCAUGAUGGCUUUGAGCAGGGACCGUGUCACGCAAACAUGUUUUCAAAGUGAUAUAUUUCGUUUGGUGACUGAGUGACCGUGUUCCAGCGCGAUGGCCGGAGAACGAUGAGGCCCUGAGCGCUCUCUGUGCCGGGUAAUACGGCCUCUGGGCCCCUAAACAGGCCCAAUUAAAUUCACGUUCCGUAAGCCCGAGGCCCGAACCGACCCGACUGGCCUCACGGUUCGAGCAGCCAAUUUGGUUGUCAACACGCGAGAGUCACUCGCCUCAAGAUGAGCAAGCUGUCGUUCAGGGCUCGCGCCCUGGACGUCUCUAAGCCAAUGCCGAUCUAUAUGGCUGAAGAAUUGCCAGAUUUGCCAGAUUAUUCGGCCAUUAAUCGCGCAGUGCCCCAAAUGCCCAGCGGCAUGGAAAAGGAGGAGGAAUGCGAACAUCAUCUUCAAAGGGCAAUAUGCACGGGUUUAAUCAUUCCUACCCCUGAAGUAACUGACUUGGCAGAUGUUGAAGCUUAUGACAAAAUAUAUCCUGCUGAUUACAAGUUGCCUCGUCAACUUAUACAUAUGCAGCCCUUUGCAAUGGAGCAAGACAUACCAGACUAUGAUAUGGAUUCAGAAGAUGAAAAAUGGGUUGCUGUUCAAAGUCGCAAAAUGGAUCUAACUCCACUUCAAUUUGAAGAGAUGAUGGAUCGUUUAGAAAAGAGUUCAGGCCAAACUGUAGUUACCCUUAAUGAAGCUAAAGCACUCUUAAAAGAGGAUGAUGAUCUUAUUAUUGCAGUUUUUGAUUAUUGGUUAAACAAACGACUUAAGACACAACAUCCUUUAUUAUUGACUGUAAAAACGGAACAUCGGCUUGGUUCGGCUGCUAACAAUCCUUAUUUAGCAUUUAGACGCAGAACAGAAAAAAUGCAAACACGUAAGAUUCGUAAGAACGAUGAAACAAGUUAUGAAAAAAUGCUUAAGUUACGUAGAGAUCUUAGCAGGGCAGUUACUCUUCUCGAAAUGGUCAAACGUAGGGAAAAAACGAAACGAGAACAUUUGCAUCUUACAAUAGAAGUUUAUGAAAAGAGGUAUCAAGCGCAAGAUUUCAAUGGUCAGAUUUUAGCGGAAGUGUCUGCAUUAAAAACUCCAAGACCAGCGUUCACUCCACUUUUCACCAAUCAAUUUGGAGUCCAUCAAAAUUGGGCAAAUAAAGUUUGUAAUAAAGAUGAGGUUGUAGCUAGAAAAGAAAAGAGGCAAUAUAAAAAACGAAAACAUAAAACGGAUAGUAGAGGAGGUAGCCUUGAUGAAACUGGUAUACGUGGUGGAACAGGCAGUGGAGGAGGUCGAGGAAAUCGGACAGGAGUUCUUGGAAGUGGGCUGGACCCUCUACUAAGUUCGGAUGAAGACAGUCCCCUUCCAUCACAUUCUCAUUCUCAACCUUCUCUUUCUUCUGAUAGAGAUGAUGAGGAUACUGCUGAUGAAGGUCAAUUUGCCUUUCGACGAAAUAGAAAUAGCACUUAUCUACCUCCCGUAUUAGGUGGAUUUGGAAAUUGGCCUUGGUGUGACAAACAUGAAGGAGGUUUGGCUGAUAAGAAGUAUAGGUUCGCCCUCACCAGCAUUAGUAAACCAGUACCUAAAUGUAUUGGUCUUGCUAGAAGAAGACUUGGUCGGGGUGGCAGAGUUAUACUAGACCGCUGCACUUCAGAUUUGGACGACAUGUGGUCUUCUUUAGAUUUUACGAUACACGAACCAAAACGUGAGGCUUCGGACUCAAAUACAACUGCCACAAAUAGUACACCUGUCAAGAAAGAAUGGCUACACUUUCGACCAAAGACUCCACCUGAGUCAGUGCACAGUCCAAGUGAGGAAAGUAGUGAUACAGACUCAGAUGUAGAACCAGUGUUGUCUCCAUCGAAACCACUUCCAUAUCCAUUCCCACCCGAAGCAACGUCGAUAUGUGUGGAAGUGGAACCCGAACGUGUGGGUGACGAGCCACCAUUUACUUCGGAAUUUAACAUUGCAGAUUACUUCUCAGUAGAUGCUCUAUCGGACUUUGAUCUUGCGGUAGCAAGUGUUAACGGUAGUGCGUGCGUUAGUGGGUUGUCGGACAAUAGCUCCAGCGAUUUGCGGACAGACGAGCUGGGCAGCUCACAUUUUGUAGUGACACCAUUAUGCAGCAAUGUGUUUGCACAGCCUGUGACACAACAGAACCGGCCUCAGUGCAGUGGUGGUGGUUCUAGUGUUGUAAAUACUUCAAGUUCUUCAAUCCCGUCGUCCUCUUCGUGUGUGACCAAUCAAGCGACGACACUGAGUACCGUAUCAACGCAAUGUACGAGUAUUGCGAUAGAAACACAGUCGAAUUACCAGUCCAGACAACACAGACAAUUACCUUAUAACAGUAACGCUGCUUCUAUAUUAUCUAAAUCUCUAACUAGUCCAACAAAUAAUAGAAAUGGCGGUAAUUGUGGCAGUGGUGGAAGUGCAGGAGUUAGAGUGUUUAGUGCAGCCACCACACCUAGUGGUACCAUUACAAACUUUGGUAAUGGCCAUCAAAAUGGGCCUUUAUCACAUAUAAGCAACUCAAAUAAUCUGCCAAACAGUACUCAUGUUGUGAACAAUCAGCCGACAAUAGUUCUACCACAGAAACAUCCGCCGUCCAAUCUGUUGCCUGGCCUUAUCACGCAAAGUAAAUUAGCAAGUAUUGCAAGACAACAACAGCAACAAACACAGAGUCAGGCACAACAAAUCCCAACGUCCGGGGAAAUUACGCUUAAUAGUAAUAGUGAAAGUUUGAAUCUGGAGGUGGAUGGAGUGGAAAAUUCACCCUGUGAGACCAAAUCACAACAGCAACAACUUGUCCGGGCAAAUAAAACUAAUUCAUUGGCAAUGGAAGUGACAUGAUGCCUACUAUUGGCACCCCUGUUGCUACCAACGCGUUAUCGGGGGCUUUGCUAACUUUAUCUUGCCCAUGUCUGCCUGACUAUGGGAAGUGGAUAUUGAUGUAUUGUUUAAUGCAAACAAAAAAGUGGUACGGCUGAGUACAAUUGCAAAAUUGUUUUGAUCAGUUCUCUUCUGUGGCGAAACUAUGAUUAUCAGAAUAGUAUAAAUAUUAUAGAAAAUAUUGCCUUUAGCUCUGGCCUGAAAAAAGAAAAAAAAACAUUUUAAUUAAUUUAUUUUUUUUUCUUUUCUUACUGAAUCAACAAACAGUCGGUCUGUAUUAUGCAAAUCAUGAAUUUAUAAUCAUAUCAUAAUAUACAUGUUAUUUU